AGCUUCGAGAACCAUUACAAUAGCACCCAUCGCAAUAUAUGCAACCAUUGUAGAAGAAAUUUUCCAUCAUCUCGAUUUCUCGAGAUCCAUGUACUAGAAUCGCAUGACACUCUAUUUGAAAUGUUAUGUCAAAAACAAAAUAUGUAUGAGUGCUUGGUGGACGGGUGUCAGGAAAAAUUUGCUACAAGUGAUAUUCGAUUGAAACAUUUAAUAACAGUCCAUCAAUAUCCAAAAAAUUUUCGAUUUGCUACCAAGCUAACAACAAAGAAAAAGCAACUGUACGCUAUCCGUAGCACCUAUUAA